GACGUCGCAGCACACCAUCUCUUCACGCACCUUCGUCUCCACCCAUCUAAAACUGAUUAACAAAGAUCUAAUAUCCCUACAAUGGAGGCUGAAGCGUCGAGCGUCUCCUCUGCAGAAGCAGUCAUGCUUGGAGCUUUAGCUCCUGGAGUCAACGGUGCGACCUGGAACACGCUAAAGAUGGCGUUUUUUAUGCUGGGCGUGUGCCUCGCUGCUAUGCUGGGAUUAGCUUUUUCAUCCAGAGACUCUUCCUUAAUAUUCCAUGUCGCCUUCCUUGUACUCAUCGCCGCCACUCUCUUCGUGCUUCUUAGCGGCUUUCUAGCGGAGACGGGCCUUGUCUCAGUCGAGCAUCAAAUGCAGGAGAUUGGCUUAGGAAAUAAAGAUGCAGGGAAAAGCAAAAGCAACUGAUUCUUGAUUUAGAUCACUUCACAAUACAGUUCCAGAUUAGUAAGAUGUUACUAAGAUCAAUGCCAACAAUUACAUCCGAACAAUCUACAUACAUGAGAAGGUGAUUGUCAGGAAUCCUUAUCCCCUCCCUACCUCCCCUCGACUUAUCCUCUUUCGUCUUGAUGAACGGUAAACCUAACACGAACUUCAUUUCUUCUCAGUUUUUGGAUAACUUGGACUUAUUUUGGAUCACCAUAAUUAUAGGACCUGUUAACCUCAUGUACCAAUGUACAUUGUGAUUCUUUUUCUCUCUUUUUAUGAGUAAAAUAUACAUCGUGAAUCUGUGAUUCUAUUGCAUCAA